GCAAGAUGGCGGAUCGCUUGAAGCUAAUGCUGGAUCUAUCAACUUGGGUUGGAUUUGGCCUGAAUUCUUCAUAACAAAUGCACUUCUUUAGAUUUUCGAGAGGUGUUCGUGUUUUUGAAAUUUACGAAUCCUCAGGAAGGUGACACUUGACGGAAUACAGUGGAGGUUUGCGGGUUUGAAGUGUACAGGACACGAUUUUGAAAGUUGUAUCAACAAAACUGUAUGCAUCGAAAUUUGGAUGGGAUCUAGAUGGUAGUUCAACAGUUACUGGACGAGCCUCCCCUCGUACAAGCGUGCUUCCACGGUGAUGCUGCCGAAUUACGGAGCUUGAUAGGCAGAAAAGAGGAUGUAAAUCAUCAAGAUGAAGAGAAAAGGACUGCUUUACAUGCUGCUGCACAUUGUGGAGAGAGUGAAUGCGUCAGCAUUCUUAUUGCUCAUGGAGCAAGAGUAAACACAAAAGACAGUAAAUGGAUGACCCCUCUCCAUCGUGCGUCUGCCUCUGGCAGUGUGGAGUGUGUCAAAACAUUGAUCAAAAGUUCAGGGGAUGUCAAUGCAAGAGACAAGAACUGGCAGACCCCUCUGCAUGUUGCUGCUGGCAACAACCAGAUACGAUGUGCAGAUGUUAUUAUUCCUGAACUACAAAAUGUGAAUGUGACUGACAGAGCUGGGAGGACAAGCUUACACCAUGCAGCAUUCAACGGCCAUGUUGAGAUGGCACAGCUUCUUAUAACUAAAGGAGCCCACGUGAAUGCUGCCGAUAAGAAGGACAGAAAGCCAAUCCACUGGGCUGCGUACAUGGGACGCAUUGAAUGUGUAGAGGUUUUGGUGAAAGGUGGAGCUCAAAUUGACUGCAAGGAAAAAAAGCAUUACACACCUCUUCAUGCAGCAGCCGCUGGAGGACAAUUAUCCACGCUGAAACAGCUGUUAGGACAUGGAGCAUCAGUGGAUGCCCCAAACUUGAAUGGUAACACACCACUUCACAUUGCAUGUCUCAAUGGACAAGACAUUGUCAUAAGUGAACUUAUGAGCUAUGGUGCUUCUGUGAAUGCCACUAACAAGAAAGGCAUGACUCCAUUACACUAUGCAGCAGUGUCAGGGCAAGGUGAUGUAUGUCUUGAACUACUCCUAAAUGAUGGAGCUAUUCCUAACUUGCAGUGCAAGAAUGGAAGGACCCCACUUCAUUAUGCUGCACUUUAUGGACGCUGUUCCAGAGCUCAAACUCUUCUCCAACAGGGUUGCUAUGUGGAUGCUGCAGAUAUUAGAGGAAACACUCCUUUGCAUAUCACUGCAUUACAUGGUCAAGAAUUGUUACUAAGUGUGCUGUUGGCCAGUGGAGCAAACCGCUCAAGGCGAGGAUCAUUUGGAAUGCUGCCUCUUCACAUGGCAAGCUUAGGUGGUUUCACAGACUGUUGUAGGAAACUGAUAUCAUAUGGUAAUGAUGUAAAUGCAAGAAAUGAUAAUGAUCACACUUGUCUUCAUGCUGCAGCUUGCAGUGGAAAUGUUGAAUGUCUAGGACUUCUUUUACACAAUGGUACAGAUUAUACUGCUUUAGACAAGUUAGGCAGAACUGCCCUUCACUAUGCGGCUGGUCAUGUGCACUACCUUUGUGUGAAAUCACUGGUAGCCACAGGCUGUAGUGUAAAUCAAGUGGACACAAGAGGCUGUACUCCUCUGCACUAUGCGGCCGCAGCAGAUGUUGAUGCCAAGUGUGUGGAAAACUUACUACGAAAUGGAGCCAAUGCAAGCAAAAGAGAUAAACAAGGCUACAGUCCAGUGCAUUACGCCGCUGCCAGAGGACAUAAACUGGCACUAGAAAUGUUAUUAGAUGUAGCUGCAACAGAUCUUCUAAAUAAAAGUUCUGGUUCCCCAGCUACCACCCCUCUUCAUUUAGUGGCCUUCCAUGGUCAUUACCAGGCUCUUCAAGUGCUCCUAGAGUCUUUUAUGGACAUCGAUAUAAAAGAUCAUAAUGGUCACACUCCUCUUUUUCUUGCAUCUUUUCAAGGACACGCAGAAUGUGUGGAAUGCCUUUUGGAACACAACGCUAAAGUAUUAGUGUAUGAUAAAAUAACAAAGAGAACGCCUCUGCAUGCAGCAGCUUACAAUGGGCAUACCGAUUGCUUGAGACUUCUCCUCCAGUACAGUAACUCAGAGAGUGUUUUAGAUUGCCCCGAUGCAGAUUUAAGGACGCCCUUGAUGGCUGCUGUGGGGAAUGGUUUUGUCGAUUGUGCCAAGCUUUUGCUCAGUGAAGGAGCCAAUCUUUUAGCUUUAGAUGCAAAUCACCGUAGUGCUCUUCACAGAGCUGCAGCUAAUGGUCACGAUGAAUGCGCUGAAUGUCUUCUUGACAAAGAAGCAGAUGUGCUUUGUAGAGAUUGUAACGGCCGCACGCCUCUCCACUUCGCAGCAGCUUGUGGUCAUGUGGGUAUUCUAAGUGGUCUUCUACAGGUUGUGGGUAGUGGUGUCCAUAUGGAUAACAACGGAUACACACCUCUUCACUGGGCUUGUUUUAACGGCCAUGAUACUUGCGUGGAUAUAUUGUUAGAGGGUGAUCAUUCCAGAGUAUUUGGUGGGAACCAGUUUACGCCAUUACACUGUGCCGUCGUAAAUGAUUAUGAAUCAUGUGCAGAAAUGUUACUCGACACGUUGGGCGACGAGAUAGUUAACUUUUGCGAUAAAAACGACAGAACUCCUGUUCACGCUGCGGCAUUUAACGACCAAGUAGACUGCCUGCAACUUCUGUUAGCAAGGGGAGGGAACGUAGAUUCAGUGGAUCGAAGCGGAAGAACACCUCUCAUAAUGGCCGCUGAUAAUGGUCAUGCUGGCUCAGUGGAGUACCUUGUAGGAGACGGCGGAGCAGACGUUAAUAUAGUUGAUCAAAAUAAAAACACAGCGUUGCAUGUGUCGUGCCGUCAGGGAAACACUGCAUGCGCUCUAUUAAUUCUGGACAAAAUGGAGGACUCGCAACUCAGCCUCUCAAACACUGCUCUCCGAACACCCUUACACUUAUCCGCAAGGAAUGGCUUGGUACCUGUUGUACAGGAGCUCAUAGCAAGAGGGGCCAAUUUACUAGCCGAAGACGAGGACGGACAUAAUCCUGCUCUCGCUUGUGCACCCAACACACAAGUAGCCGACUGCCUGGCCCUUAUACUGGCUGCCAUGAUACCCAACUUGGGUUCUCCAAUGGCAACCUCGGAGCGCCUGGAGGAGACAGACGAACAUCCAGAAGAGGACUCGUUAGAUUAUCCGACGCCCACACACAGUGCUACGGUGUGAAGGCGACAAUUUGUUCGCAUAUUUUUAUUAUGAUUCUAGGAACAAAUAUUUUAUAUUUCAAUUUGUCUGAGAGAGUUUAGCUCUGAAUGGGAAGUACCAAUUUCUGGGGUGAAGGAAUUUGUAACCGUACUUUUUCUUAUUCCUUUUUCAAACUGCCGCUGUCCUUUACAGUCACAAGAACAGGGUAUUUGGUCUGUCUAAUAUCGCUUCUGCAACAAUCUGCAGUAUCGCACAAAUAUUUCUUACAAAUAGUGACGUAUCCUGACGGCGAGACGUGGCGCAGUGCGUUUUGGGUUUGCCGCGAUUUUCAUUUUCUUUUUUUUUUUUUUUUUUUUCAAAAGUAUUCCAAUAAAUGCUGCGUAUUCAGCGCGGAAACGCCGUUCUCAAAUUUGCCUGUCUUAGUUUGGAUGGAGCCAUAGACACAAAGCUCUAGUCUAAAUUACAUGAAUGCACUUAUUGAUCCACAUGGAAAUCCAUCGCGAGUUCAAUUCGAGCCCAAGUAUGCUUUGAAUCAAAUAGCCAGGUGUAGGCUCAUUGAAGAGGAUUUCUCGUCAAACUUUUGACUUAUCUCGUAAUUCACUUUUCUGUGACUAAAUUGUUCGCUAUCUUUUUUACCCUCUGGGAAACGCUAUUUCUUUUUUUUUAAGUCUCGCAUACAUAACAUGUGCAGCUUAAUCAAAUUCAAGCCCUGAAAAUCGUUGCAGAACAUUUGAAUGAUGGCAGUUAAUAAGCGGGCUGAAAGAAGUGCAGUGUAUAUUCACGAAGGGAGAUUCCUGUCCAGUCCAAACCCAAAAACCCCGUUUACGCUAAAGUUGAAACAUCUUUUAAAGCUAUUUUGUUAAACAUGGUUUAAAAUUGUUGUUUUCUUCUUAAAAGCUGCCUAAAUCGAUGUUUUACGCCUUCAAAUUUUAGCACAUUGAUAGUAAAGGUUAAUGACUUCUUGAAGCCUAUGGAAAAUUCAGUCUUUUUAGUUCUAGAUUUCUGAUUUUAAUUCAGUUAAACACGGUUUGACUAAAUGGGUUUUGCUGAUGUGAGUGAGGUAUUAUUCCAGAUUUUUCUGUAAAGAAUCCCCUUUCGAACAGAUUACUUUUGAUACGGAAUUGAGAGUUGCUCCAGCGCGUCAACCUUUAAAUGCUUGUCUUUUAAGUUAUCACGGACAUCAAAAUUGCCCAUCUCAAGCCAGUUUCAUCUGACUUUUUGCUUUGUGCUUUGCGGGUUAAGGUAUGUAAUGUACAGAUAUUUAAAAUUAUCUUGCAAUUUCUUAGUAUAUUUUUAAACUCACCACCUCGGUAUAAAUUGUAUAGUAUUUGUGGCAUCAUUUUGAUUAAGAAUGGUUUACCAUUUUUUGAUACAUCUGUUAUUAAAAUUAAUACCAAACUUGGUCGAUUAUCGAUUUA